AUGCUAUCCACGCUUGCUCUGAUUGGCGUCAUUCUCACAGCCGAUGCAAUAGGAGCCUCGUCUCCCCAUGGGCACCAUGAGAUACCCAAAGCGCCGUCGUUUGUCCUCGAUUUUGCUCCACUGAUUGCGCUGGACCAAAACGAGAUCUUCUUCCCAUCUGAUAUUGCCCAGCAGCUAGUUCACACAGUUCCCGAAGUCAACUUCACCAGGGUCGACAGAAGUGCGCAUUUGACACUCGACAACCUGAAUGGACUCAACAAGUUUGGCAAUACUUCGGUCUUUCUCACCUCCAAGGACGACGUGACCGACCUCGCAAGGGAGCCGUCGUGGGUUCACGGUGUCAAGCCGAAUGGCCGAGGUGAAACAAAGAUCACUCCAUCACCGAUGCUUUUUACUUUUACUUCUAUGCCUUCAACGAUGGCGGACACGUUGCCGGAGUUCCGGAAGACUUCCAUGUUGCUGACUGGGAGCACACCAUGGUCCGAUUCCCAUACCGAGGGAGGAGAAGCCUUCUCAUAUAACGCACUGCAGAAGAUAGGAAAGAGAGCGCUCGUGUUCUCGGCAUUUGGUAGCCACGCGAAUUAUGCCACAAAGGGUUCUCACAACAUCCCGUUUGUCAUUCCCCCGCUGCCUGCAAUCAACUUGAGCUCUAUUUCGAUCCCCGGAAUACCCUCUGGUGUCCUGGACAAUUUGAAUUUGUCUGCAAUUCUACAGGUCGUUGUCUCCUUAACCCCUCUACAAGACAAGACGUCAAUGGGUCCGCUGUGGGAUCCGGUUGCCAAUGCCUUUGCUUACAACUACACCUUUGACUUCAAUCGUCAUCGCGCCGCAGAAGAGAACAACCGAUUUGCUCCCUUGGCAACCACAAGCCACGCCGAUCCUCCGACUAACUGGUUGACUUACUUUGGCCAGUGGGGAGACGAACAAUAUCCGUUGACCGACGUGCGACAGUAUGAGAUUCUGAAUAUUCCCUCGCUGGCGUACUUUCAAAGUGGGCCGAACGGACCAGUGUUUAAACAUCUUAUCCGAUCUACGGUGUGUCCGCCGGGCGUCAGUUGCACGCAUCUGACAAAGUUCCCAUUCCGUCCCCUUCGACCUUGGCUUGCUUGCUGA